UAGAAGGCACGCGAGUUACGGGCACACCGGCGAAUCUCUCUGCCGGAUGGGAUAAAGCAGCUUCGUCGGAGGAACGCGGGGAAAUUUUUCAUUUCUGGCUAAACUAUAACAUACUCUCGGUUAUGUUGUAGGAUUAUUUGUUCCUGCGAGAUUAUAGCCUGCACAUUUCUUUCUUUUUAAAAUAUUUCUUUUGUGAAGCGGGUGCAGUACGUCAGUCUGUUUAUCUGUAAACCCAUCGCCUAUUGAAACGCUUGCGCGUGGACCCAAAAGGCGAGAUGGAUAACGAAAAGUACUUACCGGAAUUGAUGGCGGAGAAGGAUUCUCUCGACCCGUCUUUUCAACACUCCUUGCGGCUUCUAGACCAGGAAAUUGAAAAAAUCCAGAAAGACGAAGAAAAAGAAGAUGAGAAGUUUAUUGAUGUCGUUAUAAACAAGAACAUGAAACUUGGACAGAAAGUACUGAUCCCUGUCAAACAGUUUCCCAAGUUUAAUUUUGUGGGUAAACUGCUUGGGCCCCGGGGUAACUCCCUAAAGAGACUACAGGAGGACACGCUGACCAAGAUGUCCAUUCUCGGCAAAGGCUCCAUGAGAGACAAAGAGAAGGAGGAGGAGUUGCGGAAGAGCGGAGAGGCCAAAUAUCACCACCUGAAUGAAGACCUUCACGUGCUCAUCGAGGUGUUCGCUCCACCCGCAGAAGCCUAUGCACGCAUGGGACACGCUCUCGAAGAGAUUAAGAAGUUCCUCAUUCCAGAUUAUAAUGAUGAGAUCAGACAAGCACAACUGCAGGAGCUGACGUUUCUGAAUGGUGGAUCAGAGGAUGCCAAGGUACCAGCAGUGAGAGGAAAACCCAACUCUAGAUCCAGAGGAACGCCAGUCCCUGGCUCACAUAGGAGUAGAGGAGGAGUUCCUCCACCCCAGGCUGCGGUCCCUCGAGGGGUGGCACCCAGAGGAGCCCCACCCAGCCGUGUUCCCUCCAGCAGAGGAAGGGGCGUUCCUGCUCAGAGAGGGCGUGGAGCCCCUCCCCCAGUGGGGUACAGACCGCCUCCUCCAGUAGUGCAGGACUCAUAUGGAGAAUACGAGUAUGAUGAUGGAUAUGGAACAGCCUACGAUGACCAGGGCUACGACUCAUAUGACAACAGCUACAGUAACCAAGGACAAAAUUCAGACGACUAUUAUGAAUACGGCCAUGGUCUAAGCGGAGAAUCCUACGACUCAUAUGGCCAGGAGGAGUGGACCAACAGCCGCAACAAGGCGCCCCCGGCGAGGACAACCAAAGGAGUGUACAGAGAUCAACCCUACUCCCGAUACUGAACUCUGAAGUCCAUCACACCUGCCUGAUCAUUUCCAAGUAAUGGAUUUUCUAUGGACACCCCCAACCCCCCGAACCAACCCACUUCCCUGCUCCUUUUUUCAAAAAAACAAACCCAACCAAAACCACAAAAAAAGCCCACAAAGCAGCACAGAGAAAUGGGUUCAAUUGGAAAAUCAAUUCAUGGGAGAUGUUCAGUUGAUGCUGGUAAGCUCUGGGUACCACAGGGCUUGGCCUCUUUGCAAAAUAACUCAGCCUACGAUCAGAGCUAUGUGUAAAGUAGGUAACCAAUCAGAAUUCUUCUACACCAGUGCUGAAAUGUUUGGGGGUGGGUCUUAGCAGGUAGAAGGUGGUGUAACUUUCAGGUGUUAGGUAUUUAGAUUUAGCCAGGUACGUUUCUAUAUACCCUAUUUUUGUUUCUUUUAAUGAGUGACGAGCUUCAGUGUGUCCCUUGUAAAUUCUGCCUUUAAUGAAAAACUUACCAAGAGAAAUGAAAAAACAAAAUGGAAAAAAAAAGAUCUUGAUGCACAUAUUGUGUUACUUCUUUUUUUUUGUAAUGCAGUGUUCCUUAGCAUUAAAGGGCUUAUGGGAGCAUGUCAUUAAAACACUACAAAAUCAUUUGAUUCUUAAACAUGGGAGACAGGGGGAGUGGUUGAAUUGUUUUGUCUAAUUUUGGUUGACCCUUUAAAUCAUCCACGGUAGGGUUGCCAACCAUUCAUACAUUUACACAUGGCUUUUAAAAAUGAAAACAGUUAAUAAAUAUAUGGAAUUUUCUCAUUGGCAAAAACUCUCAUGAACAUUUCUAUUAGGUUUUCUUUUUCCUUUCUUUCUGCACAGACAUGUUCUGCGCGUGCAAUUGAACAUUAAAAUUCAUACACACUAACUAAAAAUAAAACACAGGUAGGCCAAAGUGUCACUCAGUAAAAAAAAAGAAAGAGAAUGAAUUGAUUCUUGGGGUGACAGAAACUGUAACCAGGGUCUUAAAGAGUCAGACAGACUCAGAGACUGUACUUGUGCAUGCUGAGCCUGUAAAACCCCUCACUCUGUUCUCUGUUUCCCGCAUUAGCGACACGCCAUCCAAGUUAGGUUGGCCUAGUUAGCCUCGUUGAACUAGUGGUGUUUUUCAUGGAUUCAGCAACACGCAGUGUAAUCUACAGUAGUCAAGCUUAAUCAGAACUGAUAAAUAGCAAAGCCGAUUAGUUGAGCAAAAUAAUAGCAAGUGGGACAGUAGGCGUCAGGUAAAAGCCAGGUCCAAGCACGCGGGAUCGUCUGGUUCAGAAGGAUCCAGCACCAUACUGACACCUUCUGUCCUGAUCCAAUUGCACGUGUUUCUGCAUGUGUCUACUACCACUUUCGCUGUCUGUUAUAGGUUCAGACAACAAAUAACAAAUGUGCUGUGCU